CAACUCAAGAAUAAAUACACCACUGACCGCAUAGCUAGUGGGAGCGAUGGAAGCACUGAACAUCCGCUACACCUUCCUCUACCUCACCUUCGUCUUUGCAAUUAUCUACCUUCUCCAAACCCUAAUCUCCCAUAAGCUCAUCUUAGGCCGUCAACCCAUCACUCUGAAGCAAAACCCACAUCUACCUUUGCGCUUCUCCUCUGAUGGCAUAUUCAAAAUCCUCCAGGUCGCCGAUAUGCAUUUCGGAAACGGAGUGGUGACUCGGUGCCGAGACGUGUUGCCGUCGGAGCUCGAUGGCUGUUCGGAUCUCAACACCACUCGGUUCCUCCGGAGGUUGAUUGAUGAGGAAAGGCCUGACUUUGUUGCCUUUACAGGGGAUAAUAUAUUUGGAACGAGUGCUGCUGAUGCUGCUGAAUCUCUGUUUGAAGUCUUUGGCCCUGUCAUGGAAUCUAGACUUCCUUGGGCUGCAAUUUUGGGGAACCACGACCAAGAAUCAACCAUGACCCGUGAAGAAUUGAUGACACUCAUCUCCCUUAUGGAUUAUUCAGUCUCACAAAUCAAUCCAGCUGAAGAUCCUUCCAGUCCUGCCGUAGACAUUGACGGAUUUGGGAAUUAUUAUCUGAGAGUUAAUGGUGCUCCAGGUUCCCACUUGGCAAACAGCAGUAUCCUCAGUCUCUACUUUCUGGACAGUGGAGAUAGGGCUACUGUUAAUGGUCGUCGAACUUAUGGAUGGAUUAAAGAAUCUCAACUUCGUUGGCUUCGUGGUGUUUCUCAAGGAUUUGAGGGCCAAAAAAGGGAUUCUAAACAAUCAGCAGACCUCAUUUUACCACCAGCUGAAACCCCAGCCCUGGCGUUCUUCCACAUCCCAGUUCCAGAAGUCCGGCAGCUCUACUUCAAAGAGAUUGUAGGCCAGUUUCAGGAGGCUGUGGCUUGUUCAGCAGUAAAUUCUGGAGUCCUGCAGACAUUUGUCUCCAUGGGGGAUGUGAAGGCCGUGUUCAUGGGCCAUGAUCACACUAAUGACUUCUGUGGGAACUUAGAUGGCAUAUGGUUUUGUUAUGGUGGAGGGUGUGGAUACCACGGUUAUGGUAGGGCAGGGUGGCCAAGGAGAGCCAGGAUCAUACUUGCGGAACUUGGGAAAGGGGAGAGGGCUUGGACGGGAGUCAAGAGGAUCAGGACAUGGAAGCGACUUGAUGAUGAGAAGAUGAGCAAGAUUGAUGAACAAGUCCUAUGGGACCUUAAUUCAUCAAUAUGACUUCCAGAUCUGCAGGUAUACAAUCUCAUUUUACCCAAAAACCAGAACCAGUUAUGUUGUACAUUAUCAUUGUGUCAUUAGAAUUGUUGAUGAAGAGACUUAUGGAUGGUUUCUUAACGCUUUCUUCUUUUAAUGAAGAAUAUGAAAAUAAAGCUUGAUCUGGGAAA